GUUCUCUCCUGGGAAACGUUGCUCUGCUUUCCUUACACAUCCAGCUGACACACAAGGCUUUAGAGGGGAAUCAAGAGCCACGAUGGCAGCACCUGCAUCUAGAAAACAGGGAUUUAAAAAGUGUCGGAGUGCUACUUUCAGCAUCGAUGGCUUCAGCUUCACCAUUGUUGCCAAUGAAGCAGGAGAAAACAACCGGCAUCCACUGUCCCGCUUUUCACGUUCACAGUCCCAGAAUGCACUAUGCACUGCUGUCACUGCUGGUACCACCAGCAACAAAGGAAUUCUGAUUGAUCCACGCAGUGCUGAAGAGAUCCUGGCUGAUGAGCUGCCAAUCCCUGAUGCACCUGAUGCCAUGGAGAAGACGGCUAUCAGGUUGCGAUGUCUUGUAAAGCAGCUGGAGAUGGGGGAAGCAUCAGUGGUGGAACUGAAGAAAAACCUGGAGUAUGCUGCCUCAGUCCUUGAAUCUCUAUACACCGAGGAAACAAGACGGGUGGUGGAUCCAGAGGAUGAGCUCAGUGAUAUCCGGUCAGACGCUGUUCCAUUGGAGGUUCGUGAUUGGCUCGCCUCCACUUUUACCCGGCAGAGGGGCCUGAUGCUGCGCCGCAUUGAAGACAAGCCACGCUUCCGCAGCAUCGUCCAUGCAGUGCAGGCUGGCAUCUUUGUGGAGAGGAUGUACAGACGAUCCUCCAAUGUGGCUGGUCUCAGUUAUCCCUCAAAUGUCAUCACUGUGCUGAAGCAUGUGGACAUGUGGUCUUUUGAUGUCUUUGCACUGAAUGAUGCGAGUGGGGACCAUGCCCUGAGAUUCGUCUUCUAUGAGCUGCUCACCAGAUAUGACUUGAUCAAUCGUUUCAAGGUUCCUAUCUCUGCACUCUUAUCAUUUUUGGACUCCUUGGAAAUGGGCUAUAGCAAACACAAGAACCCCUACCACAACCUCAUGCAUGCUGCUGAUGUCACACAGACCAUCCACUACUUGCUCCUCAAGACUGGCAUGGUGCACUGGCUAACUGAGUUGGAGAUCUUUGCCAUCAUUUUUGCAGCUGCCAUCCAUGACUUUGAGCAUACAGGGACCACCAAUAACUUCCAUAUUCAGACCAGGUCAGACACAGCCUUGCUGUACAAUGACCGAGCUGUGCUGGAGAACCACCAUGUCAGUGCUGCCUAUCGUCUUCUUCAGGGUGAUGGCGAAAUGAACAUCCUCACUAAUCUUUCCAAAGAUGACUGGAGGGAACUGCGAACUCUGGUAGUGGAAAUGGUGUUGGCCACUGACAUGUCCUGCCACUUCCAGCAAAUCAAAGCCAUGAAAAGCUUUCUGCAGCAGCCUGAGUCGGUUGACAAACCAAAGGCCCUGUCCCUCCUGCUGCACACUGCUGACAUCAGCCACCCUGCCAAAUGCUGGGACCUCCAUCAGCGCUGGACCACUUCCCUGCUGGAGGAGUUCUUCAGACAGGGUGCUAAAGAGGCAGAGCUGGGUCUACCUUUCUCCCCUCUCUGUGACCGCAAGUCAACCAUGGUGGCCCAGUCCCAGAUAGGAUUCAUUGACUUCAUUGUGGAGCCAACAUUCACUGUGUUGGCAGAAAUGAUAGAGAAGAUUGUGACACCACUUAUUGAGGAGGCAUCCUGUUCUGGACUGGCCAGCUUCAGACACGCAAGUGUCAACAGUAUUGGUGGCAGUGAUGGAGGACAUUCCAGUGUGAAGAAUACAGGAUCAGAGGGUAGCGGCUCUCUCACCACAGUGGACUUCAAGAGCUUCAGGGGUACAUGGAGCCGAGAGAUCCAUCACAACAGAAAGACAUGGAAGGCCCAGGCAGCCAGAGACCUGGAGAAAAAGGAGGUGACAGGGGAGGAUGACCAGGAAGACAACAUGGCAAAAGAGGAAAAAGAGUCCAGGGGAACAGCUGACGGAGCCAAAACUAGACAGGAGAACAUGAAAGCAGACGUGGAGAGUCAAAAGGAAGUGGAGAACAGGAGGCAGCAAGACAAACAGCAGACUAACAAGGAGGAAGGAGACAGAAGUCCAGACCAUCAGCCUGACCGCCCUCUGAUUCAGUACUGCAGGAGACCCAGCUACUGUGCCAGCUAUUACCGGCUUGUCAAGUCAAAGGUCACCGACAUGCGGCCCAUUGAUGCCAGGGCGAGAGCCAGGAGACUGCAGCACAUCUCCCUACGGUGCCGGAAGUAGCCUUACAGUCUGUGGUUAUUCCUGCAUAUUGCAGCCGGGUGUUCAGUUUAUCUUAAGUUUAAUUUCAAUCUUGUAUAGGGUACUGUAGCUACGUUCUCAUCUUUGCCCCCUACUCGUUUUGUUGUAACAUUGUGAAAAUGUAUCAUAUCUAAAUAUAGAAUUGUUCAUUUUAAUGUCAGAUUUAUACUGAACUGAAAUAUAAACUCAGAGGUAGACAAAUAUACAGAAUGGUAUUAAAUUAAUUAUGUAUGCAAACAAGAGAAUAGACAAAGAGCACAUACUUCAUAAUUUAUGCAACAUGUAAGCAUAUAUACAUAUCUAUAUAUGUCUAGCUGGGUCUGUAUUACUGAGAAUAAGAAAGCGUCAGGUUCUGACAAAAUUGUGUCACUUGUGUAGUGUCAUGAACUUACACUACAGAUCAAAAGUUUGGGCUCACUUAGAAAUGGCCUUAUUUUUGAAAGAAAUGCAGUUAACAUGAAAUGAAUGAUAAAUUCAGUGUAGACAUUGUUAAUGUGGUAAAUGACUAUUGUAGCUGGAAACAGCUGAUUUUUAAUGGAAUAUCUCCAUAGAGGUACAGAGGAACAUUUCCAGUAACCAUCACUCCUGUGUUCUAAUGCUACAUUGUGUUAGCUAAUGAUGUUGAAAGGCUCAUUGAUGAUUAGAAAACCCUUGUGCAGUUCUGUUUGCACAUGAAUAAAAGUGGGAGUUUUCAUGGAAAACAUGAAAUUGCCUGGAUGACCCCAAACUUCAAAUGAUAUGUAAAUGAGGCUCUCAUUGCCCCUCCCCUUAGACUCCUCCCCUUCACACCACAGAGAGACAGAUGUCAUUGAAAACAUGACUUUGUUAAAAAAAAAACUUUGAGUGUAAAACUUUUUUCAAUGACAAAUUCUUUUUUUCAGUGACAACCUAUACUGUCUGUUUUAUCUCCAUAUCUGUCCUGUAUCCACAGAAUACCUUCAAGAUGUCCUCAUGAUUAUAAAACUUCUCAAAUCUAUAUUUUCAGCAAUUCCAGUUUUCAUUACAUUAACUAAAGGACU